UGUAGAUGGCGAUAGAGCGUAAUAUGGCGAUAAUGCCCUAUAAUGCUGGUGGCCAGUCACAGUUAAACACCCAAGAGAAAAAGAAAAUCGCCGAGCAGGAAAGGUCAAACACUGCGAAAAGAAAACUCAAUAACCAACAGGCUCUUCGCGUUGUCAUAAAGCUGUCGAGGGGAGAAGUCACCUUCUCCUGGGCUCUCAGGAGAGAUGCAGAGGCAGUAUCUCUCUGGUAUUACAGAGACUCACUUCACACAGAGUCUGCAUAUAUACACGUCCAAAGGAACCUCCGAGGAAACCGCCAAACAAUGUGGACCGCGGCUCUCGCUCUGUGCUUGGGGAGUAUUCUCGUCAUGGGAGAGGCCACCGAUCAGCAUUCGCAACCACCCCCCGAGAUUGAACUCUCUGAGACGGCCUCCCUCAGUUUCCUAACGCCAGAGAAACAGAACUCCAACAGCUCAAUUCAUCCGCCCCGGGUAGCAGGGCCGAAAACAUCCCAUCCUCCCAUGUGCUCCGAGUCGGCUAGAAUCAGAGACACCUUCAAAUAUGUCAAUAUUAUGGUCUCUGUGCUCGUGUUCGUCGUUGGAAUAGUGGGGAACUCAGCCUUACUUAAAAUCAUAUACAUAAACAAGUGCAUGAGGAGCGGGCCCAACAUUCUCAUCGCGAGCCUCGCUUUGGGGGAUCUAAUCCACAUCGUGAUAGACAUUCCAAUCAACGCAUACAGGCUCAUGGCGGAAGAUUGGCCCUUUGGUUUAGCCCUAUGCAAACUUGUCCCCUUCAUACAGAAAACCUCUGUUGGAAUUACCGUGUUGAGCUUGUGUGCUCUGAGUGUCGACAGAUACCGAGCCGUAGUAUCCUGGAAUCAAAUCAAAGGCAUCUGGGUUUCUGUGUGGACGGCAAUCGAAAUAACUCUGAUAUGGGUUGCUUCUAUCUUGCUGGCUGUGCCUGAAGUUGUCGGCUUUGAUAUGAUAACGAUGGACUAUAAGGAAAAGCAUCUGAGAAUAUGUCUUCUUCAUCCUGUGCAGACCACACACUUCAUGCAGUUUUACAAAGCGGUGAAAGACUGGUGGCUCUUCGGAUUCUACUUCUGCAUGCCUCUGGCUUGGACCGCAGUCUUCUACACGCUGAUGACCAGGAAAAUGCUGAGGAACACCGAGAACACGUUAACCGAGCACAUCAAGCAGAGACGAGAAGUCGCAAAAACUGUAUUCUGCCUGGUGAUUGUGUUUGCAGUCUGCUGGAUGCCUCUGUACCUCAGCAGGAUCUUGAAAUCAACUAUUUAUGAUGAGAAAGACCCUAAUAGAUGUCAGCUACUGAGCGUGUUCCUCGUCCUUGACUAUUUUGGCAUUAACAUGGCGUCGCUGAACUCUUGCAUCAACCCCAUCGCACUGUACAUAGUCAGCAAGCGAUUCAAAAGAUGCUUCAAGGCAUGUCUGUGCAGUUGGUGUCUACCUCUUCAAGCUGUUACCCGUGACGAGGUGCAGUCUGUUUUGAAGUCCAGAAUGCAGGAUCAAGCCUCAGAGCAGAGCUGCAACAUCAAAGCUAACAAGCAGUCUUCACCACCUCUACCUUAGUAGGAGAAUCACCUCUCUGUGUUAACAAAACUGCCAUGGCACGGUGAAAAGAAGACUUUGUGAGAUCGUCAAUAUUUCUUAUAGGGCUAUCAAAACAACUACCGAAGCCGCUCUCUCCGUUGCUCAGCAACCUUGACAUGCCGUCCUAAUAAUAUAAAAUACCUUCUGAAUAACAGGGAGCACUGUCUUUUGUAAUGCUGUCGUCAGUUGAACAUCUGCUUUGGCAUGAGCAACCUGGAGUCAGACUAUUUGCCCUCGAGGCUUGACUCACUCCCAAACAUUACAUCAGAUUGUACCUCGUACCUAUCCUGUAUCAUGCAUCACAGUUCCCAAAUCACUGUUUUGAGCACAAUGUUAACUUGGCAUCCAUCAACAAAAAUCUUGUCACAGCCGUCCGCCUGCACGUAUGUAUUAUUUUAAUUCUGCUUCUGGAAUUUGCGGGGAAGACGCCGCGCCGCAAGGAAACGCGAAUCCCAAAUUGUCACGGUGGGGCUUUAUGGGGUGAGGUGUAUUAUUAGCACAUAAAUGUUAUUUUCAUCACCGCUAAGUUUCGUACGCUGCGUCUUAAGACUUCAUAGCCUUCCCUUCCCUCUUGAACCUUGAGAAACAUAUCAUAUCGGAGCCACAAGUAGAUUCUGCCUCCACCACUGAAUGACUGAUUGAUGGUGGCCUAUUUUUAAUGCAUUGUUAAAUGUGUAAUGCAUGGAGACACUUUAUAAAAGACCUGAGAGUGGGGAAGAAAGAAAACGAAGAUGACAGAAUGAGGUCAGGAGGAGAGAGGGUUGGGGGGGAGUGUGUGUGUGUGUGUCUGCAUCUAAGAGUGUGUGUGUGUGCGUGCGUGCGCUUGUGUGUGUGUGCAUGUAUGCGUACGGAAGGGGGGCACCUGAUAGGUCUUCCUGUCACAGGACAAGGCAAGCACAAAUAGAGCGCUGUUCUUCCAGUCUGCAAAACUGUCUUGAUGCUGUGCUCUGGAAUGCCUAUUAAAAGUUUAUAUCAUCUAAGUAAACUCAGCGGUUUGUAAAAAAAAAUCGGGCCAUUUGCUUGAACAAAAGUGUGUGUGAUCGUGUGCGGCGCUUUUGCAAACGACGUUAGCGCAAUGUGAGACAUGACUGUAUGAUGUUUCUAAUGCUUUGUAUUACACGCACAGUAUAUUACAUUAGAUUAUGUACUUGACGUGUUUUUAAGUUUCUAAUAAAGGAUACAUUUGAGCUUUAA